AUGGCUACAGAACAGAGAGAGAUGGUAGUUUUGAUGAACGGUCUGGAGCAGACAGAUUACUGGAGACAAUUAUUUGAAAAGUAUGACGUAAAUGAAGAUGGCCGCAUUUCUUACGAGGAACUUAAAAACAUCAUCCAUUCAAAGGAGUAUGCGCACGAUCUACCCGAUAAUCUAGUGGAUGACAUUAUGAAAAAGGCUGACCAUGACAAGUCUGGGUACUUGGAAUAUAAUGAAUUUGUCGAUAUGAUGCAAAAUCCCGAUCUGAAGUCAGUGUUCGGGCAUUAUUUUGAGAACUACAUAAGGAUUGUUAUUCCUCCACGAAGACAUGUUCAGAUCACAGGUAGGACCUACGAAGAGCAAUACAGAAGUUGUUGGCCCCCUGCUGUAGUCAUGCUCCUUAUUUCUAUAGUGGAGGUUGUAUUGUUCUGUUCUGAUGCUGCCUUUGGACACAUAUACGGCGACGGAAAAAUCGCACAGUGGUUUAUCUACGACCCCGACAAGAGGGAAGAGGCGUGGCGGUUUCUAACGUACAUGCUUGUACAUUACGGUGUACUGCACUUAAUAAGCAAUUUACUUAUUCAACUGUUCGUGGGAUUUCCACUGGAAGUAGUACAUCGGUGGUGGCGCGUCAUGCUGAUUUACUUAGCGGGGGUUUUGGCUGGUUCUCUUGCUACUAGUAUCACUGAUCCCUCAGCAAUCCUAGCUGGGGCUAGUGGAGGAGUAUAUGCGUUAAGCUCCGCUCAUGUUGCUACUAUUAUUAUGAAUUGGAAAGAAAUGAAAACGUAUAGCGUAGUCAUCCAACUGUUAAUUUUUAUAGUACUGUUUGGGCUCAACUUCCUGCAAUCAAUCAGCUUUAUCACUUUUGUACCACACCUGGCUGGCGUAGCUGCUGGCUUGCUAGUAGGAAUUGGUGUUUUAAGAAAUCUUACUCAGAGAAAAUGGGAAAAAUACCUGUGUUUGUCGAUGGUUGUUCUUUACUUUUGUCUUACAAUCACUGGUAUUCUCAUACAUAUCUUCUGGAAUACACGCUUCCAAGAAUAUACUAAUUAA